GCUGAGACCAUACCGAGCCAUAUAUCAAGCUGGGAUUUAAAAUAACCGGAGUACAGACCUUGGUGGAGUAAUUUACACAUUCGCUUUAGACGCGUGGACUCCGAUUCGCUGUAUGAUACGGUUGCAGGCUUCGCUACGUUUGUAACCGGAAUUCCAAGGAAUUGUCAGCCAUAUUCAGCGAUACCACGCCCGGAGCGGAUCCGUUAACACGGGAGGAACACCGUUCAUGCAAAUAUAGGCUACCCAGCCGCAAGUUCAUGGACUGCAGAGUUUAACGCUGUCUAAAGAAAUAAAACUGUUUUAAGGGCGAUUCUCAAGUAUUUAUUUUAAUCAACCGGUCUGCAAUGGAGCUAUGAAGUCCAAACGAUCUGUUGCUUUUAUGAGUGAUAUAAAACACAUACCAGCCGCAUAAGGAUUUAAGUAACUGUUAACCGCUAACAGUUACACCUGAAUGGUGUAUUAUAUCAUUGUCGUGUUCCAAGACUUGCAGAAACAUUAACGUUAGUGUAUCUCAAUGAGGCUUUAUGAAUUGCUUUUCAGAGCGCAGCAGAUGAACUCCUUCUCUCUCUCUGGCAAUCUGGUCGAUUUGGAUUGAGUUGGGACUGAUGUGCUUUCAAUGGCAUUUCUGAAAACAUCUUAAUUGUGAAGUGACAGGGAGAAUCAUGACGCUGGACUCCAUCAUGGCGUGCUGUCUCAGCGAGGAGGCGAAAGAAGCGCGGCGGAUCAACGAUGAGAUCGACCGACAGCUCCGGAGAGACAAGAAAGACGCCCGACGCGAGCUCAAGCUGUUGCUGCUGGGAACUGGGGAGAGUGGGAAAAGCACCUUUAUUAAACAGAUGAGAAUCAUCCAUGGCUCAGGCUAUUCAGAAGAAGACAGAAAAGGCUUUACCAAGCUGGUCUACCAAAACAUCUUCACGUCUUCACAGUCCAUGAUACGAGCAAUGGACACUCUCCAGAUUCUCUAUAAAUAUGAACACAAUAAGGCCAAUGCAAACAUUGUCAGAGAAGUGGAUGUAGAGAAAGUCUUCUUGUUCGUCAACCCCUAUGUAGAUGCGAUUAAGAGUUUAUGGAAUGACCCAGGAAUUCAGGAGUGCUAUGACCGGAGACGAGAAUACCAGCUCUCAGAUUCCACAAAAUAUUAUCUAAAUUCAUUGGAUCGCAUUGCCAACCCUUCCUACAUUCCCACCCAGCAAGAUGUGCUCAGGGUGAGAGUGCCCACAACAGGCAUCAUCGAAUACCCCUUUGACCUACAAAGCGUCAUAUUCAGGAUGGUGGAUGUUGGGGGUCAGCGAUCAGAAAGGCGAAAGUGGAUCCACUGUUUUGAAAACGUCACCUCCAUCAUGUUCCUGGUAGCACUCAGUGAAUAUGACCAAGUUCUCGUCGAGUCUGACAAUGAGAAUCGAAUGGAGGAAAGCAAAGCAUUGUUUAGGACGAUAAUAACAUACCCCUGGUUUCAGAAUUCAUCUGUUAUUCUUUUUCUGAACAAGAAAGACCUUUUGGAAGAGAAAAUAAUGUUUUCACAUCUUGUAGAUUACUUUCCCGAAUAUGAUGGACCUCAGAGAGAUGCUCAAACUGCACGGGAGUUCAUCCUGAAGAUGUUUGUCGACCUGAAUCCAGACUCAGAGAAAAUCAUUUAUUCUCAUUUCACAUGUGCCACUGACACGGAAAACAUUCGAUUUGUGUUCGCUGCUGUCAAAGACACAAUCUUGCAGCUCACGCUUAAAGAAUACAAUCUGGUGUGAAAG